GUGAAGUAAUGGUUGUCCAAAGUUGGACUUUCAGUCUACGGAAACUGAAGAUUAUUCAGUUAACUCUAGCUUUGGUCCAGUGUGAUUUUCCAAAUUUUUGGAGCUAUUUUGUGACUGAUCCAUGAGGUAUAAAGCUAUAAUCCUUAUGACUAGUUGGUAGAGGGUUGUUUGGUGGACAGAUUCCCUUAUGUGUGCUCCCACUGUUGUUAUGGAAAACUGAGAGAUCAAAGGGGAGUUGUUAUGGAAAACUGAGAGAUCAAAGGGGAGGAAGUAGAGUAUGCAGUCAAGUAGUACCAGUUCAGUGCUGCUCCAGAAAUAUCCGAGAAAAUAUCUGUAUCCACUAUCUGCUCGAGGGACUUCCGGAGUUUGGCAUCUAAGGAGAUAUGUUACUGAAGGGGGGGUACUUGGCACCCAUGCACACACAAAGAAGUGAUGAGGAGGUGGAAAACUUAUCCAAAUGCUGGCUAGGCUGUCUGCUGCUAUAUUGCUGCUGUCCAUGUGCGGUUGGACACAACUACUAUCUCCCUGUGUCAUGCCUUGCGUGGAAGACAUGCAGUGGAUAAGUGGAACAUAUUACCCCUUGUUUUCCCCUUCUAGGUUCCAGUCUUACCACAGAAAGGAGUACAAAUAGAGCCCUGCUGUGCUCCUGUUAUUCACCUAGCAGGAUCAUCAUGCCUGACCAUUCCUCCAUGCCUUGAUCAAGCCUUCGGCUUUUCCCCAUCUCAUGUGUUCCCUUGCCAAAUCCUGAACCGAAGCUGCCCCUCGAAGUGGUGACCACACCCAGCCGAGUGCUCAUCCUCACCAUGGCCAGGAUUCCUCGGAGGUUGUCUCGGCCAUGUGGUGCCCGUUUCCUACUCCUCGCAGAACUCCUACCAGAAGGAGUGAAGAUUCAACCUGAAGUGGUGACUGAAGAGGAAUCUACUCCAGUGCCUAUUCAUCAAGUGGAUGGAGCUAUCUAACUGGUUAUUGGGUAGAAAGGUAUUAAGCCUCUUCACUGCAACAAAGGCAAGCCCCGAUGCAUUUACCCCUUCCUUGUAUUUUUAAAAAGACUUUUAUACACUUAAGUCUAGUGAAAU